AGUCCAUCAUUCGGUCCAUCACAGAAAAAUUCAUCAAGACUAAUACCCAUCUUGUCCUCAAUCCAAAAAUACUCAUCUUAUACGUUUACAAUAUUUUCAUUUCUUCAUGGUACCAGUGUUAUGAUAGGUCCAGUAAUCUCUGAAAGUAUUGGAAAUGAAAUGCUUUCAAUGAGUAGAACCAUUUAUCAAGGAUCUGGUUUAGAAAACAUAUUAGUUUGGGGUAGUUUAUCACUUCAUGUCCUGAGUGGUAUCACGUUAAGAAUAUUAAGAAACAGAAGAUAUAGAGAGAAAUAUGGUGGCUCAAAAGCUCUUGAUAAUAAGUUGAAAAGGAAAAGGCGCAAUAGUCAACUUGAUAAAGAUACAAUUUCAAAAAGUUAUGAUGGUGAAGUUAGUGUCAAUGACGAUUCUGAAGUUGGUCUAAUGGGUGGUAUCACAAAUUUCUUUGGUUUUGGUUUCAGAAAAAGUUAUUUGUUUAGAAAGUUUGGUUUAUCUCCAUUACAAGCCACAGGAUAUUUGAGUGUACCAUUAGUUGCUUAUCAUGCUCUCCAAACUAGAAUUGUACCAUUGUUAGUGGAAGGUGAUAGUAGCUAUAUUUCACUGGACUACAUUUCUUAUAUUUUCAAUGACGUGAGACACACAUCAGGCCCUAUACUGAACUGGAUUGUGUAUCCAUCACUUAUAGGAUUCACAACAUAUCAUAUAAUAUCAGGCUGGAUGAAAUGGCUGAAUGUUAAAAGUCUAACAAAACGUAAAAUUGGUGCUGGUUUAGUGAAUUUGAUAAGUUUGAUUGGUAUUUACAGCAUUUACUCUCUUUCGAAAGUUGAUACAAAUAUCACUGUUGCUAAGUUUGUUCAAAAACAAUUUGAUCUAUACAUUGAUCGUUUCUAUUUGAAGUUUUGAGAGUUGUUCAAUUGCAGAUUUUUGUUACAUUAUACUACGUAAUUACAUUAAAACAAAUGUAUAGCUUAUCAAUAAGCGUA